AUGGCAACAACUGUUAUAUUUAAUCCACACAAAGAAAUGAAAAAGUUACAAAGAAAGUUGUUUGAGAAUGGUGGCUCUGGUGGACAAGGAUCAUCACCUUCACGUAUCAAUAUUUGGAGACCUGUGGUUGACAUUAAGGAGAAUGAUACCGACAUUGUCAUUGUCUUUGAGUUGCCAGGGUUAAACAAGGAGAAUGUAACCAUCGAUGUUUCCAAAGAUAUCUCUACUAUUAUCAUUAGUGGUGAAAAGAAAUUUAACAAAAAAGAUGAAACUGAAAAAUGUCAUAGAAUUGAAAGUUCAUAUGGAAAGUUUAUUAGAUCAUAUCGUUUGCCACCUGGAACCGAUCCAGCUAAAAUCAAGGCAUCAAUGAACGACGGUAUCCUUGAAAUUCAAAUUCCAAAGGAAAAGAUGGAAAAGAUGAAGAUUCCAAUCGCUUCCAAACUCUAA